AUGAAUAUCUUGCCCAAGAAGAGCUGGCACGUCAGGAACAAAGACAAUGUGGCCCGCGUGCGGCGCGACGAGGCCCAGGCCCGCGAGGAGGAGAAGGAGCGGGAGCGCAGGGUCCUGCUCGCUGAGCAAGAGGCCCGCACCGACUUUCUCCGAAAGAAGGCCCGGCACCAGCACCCACGCCCUGAACUGCAGGCACUGGAGGCGUGUGCCCCGAGUCCCGGCCCUGUGGACCUGUUCCGGGAGCUGCUGGAAGAGGGGAGAGCUGGGACCAGAGGCAACAAGGAGUAUGAGGAGGAGAAGCGGCAGGAGAAGGAGCGGCAGGAGAAAGCACUGGGCAUCCUGACGUACCUGGGCCAGAGUGCCGCUGAGGCGCAGACGCAGCCCCCGUGGUACCAGCUGCCCCCGGGCCGCGGGGCCCCCCAGCCCGGCCCAGGGCCCGACGAGAAGACCAAGAGCCGCCUGGACCCUCUGCGGGAGAUCCACAAGCACUUGGGGAAGAGGCGGCACAGCGCCGAGGACGGGCCCCGCCGGAAGGAGGAAGCUGUGGCCAAGAAGCGGCCCCGGGAACCCCCAUCCCUGGACCAGCUGAGAGCGGAACGUCUAAAGCGGGAAGCUGCUGAACGGGCUCGGGCAGAGGCCCUGCUGGCUCGAGUCCGAGGGGACGCCCCCAAAGAGGACCCACCAGAGGAGAUGGACGAACGGCGGCGACGUUACAACUCCCAGUUCCACCCCCAACUGGCCCGGCGCCUCCACCAGGACGCCCAGCCUCCCCGCUGA